AUGACAGGCCAGAGAGGCGGAGCCAUGAGAGAGCCCGAGCACCAGAAAUCGUACCCAAUUGCUAGCCGUAGUGGCGUGCAGACACGUCACCCAUACAGCCCAGAAUGGCCAAGUAAUGCAGUAAUACACCCGGGUGCUCAGCUGGGGUCGAACGGGCGUGCCGAUCCGCACCAUGAUCUUCUUCUCGUCCGCGAGCCCAGCCGCUAA